AUGUCCUACGCUACAACAACAGAAACCCUCAGAAUUCAGAGAAUCACCGUGGAUCAACUUAGAACAGAACUGAAAGUUAAUCGCAUCAAAGUGUCGGAGGCGGCAAACGAACUGAAAACCUACGUGGAGAAAAUUCAGCGAGAAGAUCCGCUUGUUACGGGAGUCCCCGGGAACCAAAACCCGUUCAAAGAAAGGAGCUCUUGUACUUUGAUUUAGAACAGUUAUACAUACAAAGCCCCGCGCAUUAAAGUCCAAUUGAGUUGCAAGUUCAAUAGACAGUUUGGGUAUAUCACUCGAUGUGACCUUUUGUUUCCUCUACGAGUCUUAUUCACUGCAGCUUUUCCCGUGGUAUUUUAUGGCCUUAAACACUGUGAUUGUGCCAUUAUUGGAACUGAUCACUCGCGAUCUCUUCAUUUUGGGAAAGCGAAUACACUUUGAUCUGCAAUCUUCCCCCAAAUAAUAAUGGAAAAUGAAAGGGAGUCGGGAAACGUUUACCGACGACCCGUGGUUUUGCCGUUUCGUGAUUUAUUGUUGUAAUGGGUGGAUGUGCCACCUAAGGAGGUAAAGCAAUUUCUCUUAGUGUAUUCUCUGUAAUAACGAACGUAAGUGAAUGUGUAAGUAGACUGUUUAGAGUGAAUUUGUUCCUACCCCACGGUUGAUCGAAGCUUUUCAAUUGAGAAAUAUCACGUACUUGUAAAUCUUGCUAGAAAUAAAUAAUUUCAAUUAUUCUACAUUUAAGCUUCUUCAGGUUGCAUCGAGAGAGAAUUGAGGUAAACCUACAUAAUGGAUCAUUGUAUUUUACUGACUUCAUUGUAUUAAAGGACUGAUAUUAUUGUUGUUCGGAAUGUUUGAUCUUUGAUGAGAAGAUUAUAUAUGGUAACGGGCAAGUUAUUCGCAUUCGUCACUUACUUGGGAGGUGUCCUCGCGGAUUUUUUAUUCAGCCGAUUAAGCAGGAAGUAGUUUCAAAUUUUCGUAAAUAACAGUAUUAAUUUUUCAUGCAUGUCUUAAAAAUCGAGCAUUUUCAUAAACAAAGUACGCGAGGUGAACAUGUGCUAAGGAAUGGUGAGGUUACUCCAAAUGUAUUUUUGUUUGCAUUUUCCAGUCCAAGUUGUAGAAAGAAAGUCCACUCAAUUUAAUGGCCAUGCUUUGUGAUCUCGGAUGAACAAAACAGAAAAAGAGAGAUAUUAAAGAUAAAGGAGUUUCUAACAAUGCUUGAAGACCUGGUUUGUUAGGAGAGGUUACUGCUUUGAUGCAAACUCAUCAUUGAACUUUUACUUCAAGAGGACAUGUUUGAAAUGAUAGCAAGCUAAAUAUUUACUGACACAGCUUAAGGGUUAACUUUAAGCGUUUCAUUUAAGGGGUUGAUGUACAAUGUAAAGUAUAUCAUGAUGACAUUGGAGCCAGUGGAUUGGGAAACUUAAUUGUGCUUGUAGUGUUAGACCAACACAAAUUAACCCUUUAACUCCUAAGAUCUCAUUAUUGAUUCUCUCCUUUAUCUAUGACACAUUUCCUUGUGAUUUAGUUAUGAGGAGUUGGUUUGAGAUCAAGAUAAUAACUUCUACCUGAUAAUUUGAGUGUUCUCAUUACCUGUUUGUUGGAUAAUAUUUGGAUACUGGGGAGAAGUUACGUGUGAUAAUCACUUCUGGGAAUUAAAGGUUGAAGGGCAUGUGAGACUAUGAAACCAUCUAUGAGACAAUGUGAAAUUUGAAUUUAACCUGUUAAAUCCCAAGAUGUAAUUGUUAAUUCUCCCUGCAGCUGCUACAUGUUUUCUUGGAUAUCAGUUUCAAGAAUUUGGUGUUAGAUCAAGGUUAUACCAACUUCUACCUGAUAAGUUUAAUUAUUCUCAUUACCUGUUUGCUGGAUAAAGUUUGAUAUUAUAGGGAGAAGUUACAUGUUAAUCACUUCAGAUAGUUAGAGGGUUAAAGAGCGUAUGAGACUGAGACCAUGAAGGAAACAAUGUAUCAAAGACCUGUAAUGUGAGGUCACCCUUGAUCAACAGCAAUGACACAUCCAAACAGCAUAGCACUUGAAAAGGAAUUCCAAGGUGGUGCCCUCUUUUGUCUGACAGAGGCAGCAAUAAUUUUAACUUUGCCAAUCUUUGCAUCAUAAACUCUGAUUCCCAUUUCAGAAAAUGACUGCUCUUCUUCAUGAGAAGAGCCUGUAAGUUGUACACUAUCAUUUCCUCACAAGCAAGUUUAUCGAGAGAUGCCAACCUGUGCAUAUUUCAAAGCCUUUUUUUUUUAGUGCGAAGCACCAUAACUAUACACAGUUCACACUAACAUCUUCAAGGGAAAUUCUUGGUUAGUCUGUUCAAAUUGCAAAAGAGUACAGGGUUGUAAGUAGCCUGUGCUUUGCUGACCAAUCAAAUCGCCUGUUUCGUGUAGUGGACUGGGAAUGACAGCUGUGGUCAAUAUGGCUGCCAGUGAAUCUGAAGAAAUCGAUGUAGCGAAGGAGUUUAAUCUUCUCCCGAUAAUAUUCGAAACGAUUCAGGCACUGCAGAAGACAAACGAUCCCCAGGAGUUUACAAAGAAGGUAUCUCUAUGUUUUCUAUUUCAGUUUCGAGAGAUAUUCGUCUUACUGUAUUCACGUGAAAUACUCGGUCUUGGUUGAAAGCACUAACUACAGUCGAACCUGUAUGAAGCGGCACCGUAAUAAGCGGUCGAUUGUCAGAGACCCGAAAUUUGUCCCCCUCAAUUUCUGUAAUUUUUACCUCUAUUACGCGGUCACCUCUUAAAAUCCCUUAACUGAUUCCCAACGGCCUGUUUAUAAUGUUCCCCACUAGUUCAGUAGUGUUCAUAGCUGCGAGGAUUGUUCUCCACCUGUAUUCAACGGUCACUACAAGCAGAACCAUUCAAAUAAAACUAAGAAUAAUCUUUCAAGUAAAAUUCAAUUCAUGUUUAUCUAUCGAAAUCAGUGUUAGUAGCAUUUUUGAGAGAGUUUUUGUACCAUAGUGGUCACUUAGGGCACAGAAUGGCUUUUUUUUCUACCAUACCCUUAUUCUGGGGAACCUGUAUCAACCCUUUACCCCCUGAAAUCAGUUUGCAUAUUCUCUAUACUGUUCUCUAUACAUUUCCUGAAAUGCUGACAAGGAAAAUUUGUUUAACAAUCAAGAGCUUUAUAAAUUGGUGAUCAUUUCCUUUAUUCUCAUGACCUUAAUGUUUAUAAUGUUUGAUUCAGGGGUGAUAUUGUAAGGAGAAAUUAGAAGCUGGUCACUCUUGGGGUUAAAGGGUUAAGUGGUUGACUUGUAUUAAGCAGUUACCCCACCAUUCCUUAUGGGUGACUGCUUGAUACACAUUCAACUGACUGGUGCCCCAAGAAAAUCAUUGGAAUUGGAAAAUUGUAUGUAGGUUUUCACCUUUUUGAUGCAACAAAAGAUGAUGUAAUGUCUUAUCUUAUUUUUUCGAGAAUCAUGAAUGUUCUAUUUUAUGCAUUUUAUUUGUUCCCAUGAAGUACAUAUCCUGUCAAAACCUUGGUCAAAAUGAAACCACAGCUGUUCAAGGACAAUAAAUAUAUUUUUCAAACAAUGAAAUAGCCAGAAAUUCAUCAUACAAAACAAAAUGGUUUACAAACCAUGUUUAAUUCAGCUCUUAAUUGUAGGUCAUAUAAAAUGAAAGAAUUCAUUCACAUUUAAAGAUCUCUAAUUAGGAUUUGCAAAUAAAAAAAAAUCAUAUCAUAAUUCACAAGGAAAAAUGUUGCCCAAUUAUCACAUUUCAUGUCAUAAGUACCUUGUUCUAAAUGUUGUUUUAGGUUAAUGGUUUCCGUGCAAAGUUGCAACACUGCAGAGCAUUGUUAGACAAGAUACCUGGGAUAGAAAUGAGCUGUGAAGAACAGAAGGAACUUUUAAUUAAGUGUAAAACCCAAUACACCGAAAAAUGGUAAGUACUUACUCAGUAACACUUGGAGUUAGUAACCAAACAGUCUAACUACCCUGUAUUUUUCAACCAUUCCUAAGUAGCUUAUGGUUUUGAAGGGGCAUAGGCUGCUUUUUUCUUGAGGUCAACAUUGAAGAACAAAAUAAAGAUGUUUUGAGUGCAAAAGGGAUGAAGGGGCAUGGGGCAAGAGUGAUUUAAUCAAUAAUAUUUUAUUUUAGGGGUUCAGAAGAACAGGGAAAAGUUUAGUAAAUCAAAACAGCAAAAUUUCCUUAUCAUUAAGAUUCUUUCUUUAUCCUUAAUCAGUUUCAUACAUAAUGCUUUUUCUGUCAUUUGACCCUUAAGAAUUUGAGCCAAAUGAGACAAUCUCUUUGGCUAUGAAUAAGACACACAAAACAAAAUGUUUUUCUGAAAUAAGCAUGAACUGCAUAGAGGUUUGUACCUUGGGCAUUUCUUGCAUGCUUGGCAAAAACAAAAGAGGAUAGGUGAGGCCAGUCACAUCAGCUUAUUUCUGCAAAUAAACUGGGUAUAAAGAUAUGUUUUUUUUAGAUUUCCAGAGGUAUUAGAGAGUGUAUGUGCUUCACAUUCCUAACCUGCUAUUCUCAUAUACACUCCCCUCAGAGUCGGUUUAUCAAAUUUUCAUGAAGCUUGAGUAUAAGAGACUGUGCUUAUGGGCUUUACUGUGUGCAUGUGGAUCCUUUUGUUGAGAUUUAUUCGAUAAUAAAAUAAUACCCCAUGCACAUUUUAGGAUUUGCAAAGCACCUGAAGCUUUUCCCUCUCUGUGUAUUAUUUCAACAGUGAGCUGCUGAGAAAUUACCGAAAUCUACCGGUGUUUGCAGAAGCUUUUGUCAAGGAGACAAAAUAGUUGAAAUUUUGUGAUGUCAAAAAUACUAGUUGGAAGAUGCAGAGGUUAAAAAAAAAACUGAGGAUGCCUUUGUGCUGUUGGGAGGAGACUUCAUUCCCUUGGAAUGAGAGAAAAUUCCUGCCUCUAGAGGUGGAGGUGGGGGUGCUUGAUCAUUCUCUUUGUUAUCAGGUGGGGGAAUGUUUGCUUCACAAACUGUGAUUAACCCUGGUGUUUAUUAGACCAACCCUCAAUCAGACUGCACAGUCAACCUCUUAAUUGUACACUUUCCAUUUUCACCAAUACUUUCACUCCUAAGCUUAUUCCAUAUGACAAACAGGUCUGAAAGAAAGGUCUUUCUGGAAAUCAGAUUGAAAUCACUUUCAAUAAAUUUUUGUCAAAAGUUAUAUAUUCUUAACUUUGAUCAAUUUCCCUGUGAGCUUUGCCUUUUUUUAGAGUAUAAUUAGCAACCAAUGUUCUUCUUCACUACUUUUAUUCACUCCAAAGAAAACGUUAUGUAAGUUGAAAUCGAUUGUACCACUUUGUUGACUGAUGAAGAAGUAAAUACAGAGACAAACUGAGGAACUAUGUAGAAUUUUCUCUUUUGAAAACAUGAUGUAUUAAUAACCAACUAUACUGAUCAGAUGUAGGUACUGGUAACUUACUGCCAUUCUGCAAGCCCCAGAGACACAUAUCUGUGUGUCUCCUUGAAUGUUUUGGGAAUGUCAUUCAUUUCACAAGAUUUUAUAAACAUCACUUUCUAUAAAAAAGGCAGAAGGAACAGGUCAUCAUGUUUUGUUAACUAAUAAAAUAUCUUUUGAAUUUUGCUCUUGUUGGGUUUUUUUGCCAGCCAUUGCAUUUGUUCCUCUUGUGAGGUAUUAGUUCAGUUGUUCUUAAUGCAUGCUCAGAGAUGAAGGAUCUGAUUAUUUCCUGGAUGGCAUUGCAUGAACAGAUAACAUUUUGCUAAUACUCUGUUCAUAUGAUGACACCCAGGAAAUAAUGAGAUGUUUCUAUUAAAUACUUUUGAUAGUAAAUGACUGUGAAUAUAUGAAAAUCAUAUAUGUGAACUGUGGAUAAAGAAAUGAAUAUGAAAGUGAUCUUUGCAGUUAUGAACACUACUAAAGUAGUAGUGAAAAUAAGGCCUAAAAAAGAUUUAGGUCUGUACGUAAUUUGAACCUAUGACCAAUAUAAUGACCAAGAGAAUUUAGUAUUGGAUCAAUAAAUUAUUCCCAAAUUAAUAUUUUUCUUAUUCUCAUCACUUACCUAGUUGAUAUUGUAUUGAUGUUGUAAGGAGAAAUUCUGUCUUAGUCAAUCAUAAGAAUUAAAGGGUAAGCUUAAAUCUAUCAUGUUCCCUCAAGGUCCGCCAGGGGAAUGUAGAGGGAAGCUAUGUUUAUGUUGGUGAGGUCAAUUUUAUCAAAAGAAAAAUAACUUUUUAUGAAGCUGUGUUACUUUUGCAAACAAGCUUGGAAUGUUGAGGGGUGGUUUUGGUUGUCUAAAGUUGGUCAGGGAUUUGCCAAAAACUAAAUGAUAUGGUGUUCAGGCUUUCAGGGAAUACCCAACCACAAGUUGGACCUUCAACGGGUAGCUUGGAAAGUAAAACCAUUUGAGGUGUUGAACUGCAUUUUCCCAGUAAUUUUCUCCUUUGAUAACAUUCUAGAGUGUGUAGACUAACAUUACCUUGGGUAGGAAGUGAAAAACAGUUGUCCUAGGUAAUAAAAUGGGUUUAAGGUGAAAGAAGUCUACUCUGUGCUGU